UUUUUGUAAUAAUUUUGCACCUUCAUUGGCAUAUACGCGUUAAUCCCUCCCCAUUACCCCGUCUAUUUACAUACUGAUACAUUUUGGCCUUUUUGGCUUGCCAUAGCAUUUCCUCCAGUAGAAAGCACAGACUCCUCCUGCAAACAAGCUGCAAGUUUUUAAACGCAAUCUCUGGUCGUCGUCCGUCCUCGCAGAAUGUUGUCUUUUGAACAAGCGAGGCAGACUUUGACGAGCGCGGGACAGAGUCACGUCCUGCAGUUCUGGCCGGAGCUCAGUGAGGAGGAGAAGGACUCCUUCUUGCGGGAGCUGGCUCAGCUGGAUCUGCGGGGACUGAGAGGUCACUGUGAGGGGGCCGCAGCGGCUGCAGCCUCACCGCCCUCCUGCCUGGACCGGGACAUGGAGCCGAUCCCCGCGGAGCUCAUCGGCAGCUCGAAGAAGAGCGACAGGAAGGAUGUGUGUCAGUGGGAAAGCGAAGGCCUGUUGCAGAUCUCAAAGAACCGUGUCGGUGUCCUGCUCUUGGCUGGAGGUCAAGGGACACGUCUUGGCGUUCAGUAUCCCAAGGGGAUGUACGACGUUGGCCUACCAAGCGGCAAAACUUUAUAUCAAAUCCAGGCAGAGCGCAUUCGCAAAAUCCAGCAGAUUGCAGACUGCAAGUACGGCACUGCAUGCUCCAUUCCAUGGUACAUAAUGACCAGCGAAUUUACUCUAGCUCCUACAAAAAAGUUCUUUGAAGAGAAUCACUACUUUGGGCUGGAGCCAGCAAACAUCAUCAUGUUUGAGCAGAGGAUGAUCCCAGCAGUGACCUUUGACGGGAAGGUCAUCAUGCAGGCUAAAGGAAAGAUAGCCAUGGCCCCAGAUGGGAAUGGGGGUCUGUACAAAGCACUGGAGGAUAAUAAAGUUUUGGAGGACAUGAAGAAGAGGGGGGUGGAGUUCCUGCACGUGUACUGUGUGGACAACAUUCUGGUCAAGAUGGCCGACCCUGUGUUUAUUGGUUUCUGCGUGUCCAAAGGGGCCGACUGCGGCGCCAAGGUGGUUGAGAAGACGCACCCUGCUGAGCCAGUGGGCGUGGUCUGCAGAGUGGGAGGGGUCCCCCAGGUGGUGGAGUACAGCGAGAUCCAACUGGAGACGGCAGGACUCCGAGAACCUGAAGGGGGAUUGGUUUACAGUGCUGGCAACAUCUGCAAUCACUUCUUCACCAGGAGCUUUCUGCAGGAUGUGGCAGAGAAGUUUGAGAAUCAACUGAAGCAACACGUUGCUUUAAAGAAAGUACCUUUUGUGGACUCUCAUGGCAACCAAGUAACCCCCACUAAACCCAACGGCAUAAAGAUGGAAAAAUUUGUGUUUGAUGUCUUCCCAUUUUCAAGCAACUUUGUAGUGUUUGAGGCCAUGAGGGAGGAGGAGUUUUCCCCCCUGAAAAACGCAGACGGUGCCGCCGUGGACAGCCCCACAACAGCCAGGAACUCCUUACUCGCUCAGCACUGCCGCUGGGUUUUAUCUGCUGGAGCCACUCUACUGGAUGAACAUGGGAACUCCAUACCAGACACAGCCAGUGGCGUAUCAUCCGAGAACAGCCCUCUGGCCUUAUGUGAAAUAUCUCCCCUGGUCUCAUACUUUGGAGAGGGCCUGGAGCCUCUCCUGAAAGGGAAACAGCUGGCGACCCCAUUCAUUUUGAACGAAAAGAUGGCUGAAGAGCUUCAAAACCAGUCCUGAGAGACCGCUGGAAGAGACCCGUGAGGGUGGAUGAUGUGCUUCAACUCAAGGAUCCAAAUGAUUUCCGAUUGUUUUCUAUUGUCUUUUUUGAACUGAAAAAUGAAAGUAUUUGUUUGACAACAAAAAUAUGUGAAAUGAGAAGAAUUGAUUAUUUGUAUACAAUUAUUUUCCACUUUUUCGACUAAUUAAAAAACUAAUAAUA